AUCCGGAGCCGAGCUGCAGCAGCGCCGCCUUUUGUGCUGCGGCCGCGGAGCCCCCGAGGGCCCACCGCUCACCACCACACUGGGGCCCAGAGGCCAUGGCCUGUCUCCAUGAGACCCGCACACCUUCCCCUUCCUUUGGGGGAUUCGUGUCCACCCUAAGCGAAGCGUCCAUGCGCAAGCUAGACCCAGACACAUCUGACUGCACCCCUGAGAAAGACCUGACGCCUACCCAGUGUGUACUUCGAGAUGUAGUGCCACUGGGUGGGCAGGGCGGGGGUGGGCCCAGCCCCUCCCCAGGUGGAGAGCCACCUCCUGAGCCUUUUGCCAACAGUGUCCUGCAGCUACAUGAGCAGGAUGCAGGGGGCCCAGGGGGAGCCGCUGGGUCCCCUGAGAGUCGAGUGCCCAGAGUUCGAGCGGAUGAGGUGCGUCUGCAGUGCCAGAGUGGCAGUGGCUUCCUGGAAGGCCUCUUUGGCUGCCUGCGCCCUGUCUGGACCAUGAUUGGCAAAGCCUACUCCACGGAGCACAAGCAGCAGCAGGAAGACCUUUGGGAGGUGCCCUUUGAGGAAAUCCUGGACCUGCAGUGGGUGGGCUCAGGGGCCCAGGGUGCUGUCUUCCUGGGGCGUUUCCAUGGGGAGGAGGUGGCUGUGAAGAAGGUUCGGGACCUGAAGGAGACUGACAUCAAGCACCUGAGAAAGCUGAAGCACCCCAACAUCAUCACCUUCAAGGGAGUGUGCACCCAGGCUCCCUGCUACUGCAUCCUCAUGGAGUUCUGCGCUCAGGGCCAGCUGUACGAGGUACUGCGGGCUGGCCGCCCUGUCACCCCCUCCUUGCUGGUUGACUGGUCCAUGGGCAUCGCUGGUGGCAUGAACUACCUGCACCUGCAUAAGAUUAUCCAUAGAGACCUCAAGUCCCCCAACAUGCUAAUCACAUACGACGAUGUGGUGAAGAUCUCCGAUUUUGGCACUUCAAAGGAGUUGAGUGACAAGAGCACCAAGAUGUCCUUUGCAGGAACAGUAGCCUGGAUGGCCCCCGAAGUGAUUCGUAACGAGCCUGUGUCUGAGAAGGUCGACAUCUGGUCCUUUGGCGUGGUGCUAUGGGAACUGCUGACUGGUGAGAUCCCCUACAAAGAUGUAGAUUCCUCAGCCAUCAUCUGGGGUGUCGGAAGCAACAGUCUCCAUCUGCCAGUGCCCUCCAGCUGCCCAGAUGGUUUCAAAAUCCUGCUUCGCCAGUGCUGGAACAGCAAACCAAGAAAUCGUCCAUCAUUCCGACAGAUCCUGCUACAUCUGGACAUUGCCUCAGCAGAUGUCCUUUCUACACCCCAGGAGACUUACUUUAAGUCCCAGGCAGAGUGGCGUGAAGAGGUAAAGCUACACUUUGAAAAAAUUAAGUCAGAAGGGACCUGUCUGCACCGCCUAGAAGAGGAGCUGGUGAUGCGUAGGAGGGAGGAGCUCAGACACGCCUUGGACAUCAGGGAACACUAUGAACGGAAGCUGGAGAGAGCCAACAACCUGUACAUGGAGCUUAAUGCCCUUAUGUUGCAGCUGGAACUCAAGGAGCGGGAGCUCCUCAGGAGGGAACAAGCUUUAGAACGGAGGUGCCCAGGUCUGCUGAAGUCACACCCUUCCCGAAGCCUCCUGCAUGGGAACACAAUGGAGAAGCUCAUAAAGAAGAGGAAUGUUCCACAGAAGCUAUCACCCCACAGUAAAAGGCCAGAUAUCCUCAAGACUGAGUCUUUGCUACCAAAACUAGAUGCAGCCCUGAGUGGGGUGGGUCUUCCUGGGUGUCCUAAGGGUCCCCCUUCACCGGGACGGAAUCGCCGUGGCAAGACCCGUCAUCGCAAGGCCAGCGCCAAGGGCAGCUGUGGGGACCUGCCUGGCCUUCGUGCAGUUGCACCACCCCAUGAACCUGGGGGACCAGGAAGCCCAGGGAUGCUAGGAGGGGGACCCUCAGCCUGGGAGGCCUGCCCUGCAGCCCUCCGUGGGCUCCAUCAUGACCUCCUGCUACGAAAGAUGUCCUCUUCAUCCCCAGAUCUGCUGUCAGCAGCACUGGGAGCCCGGGGCCGGGGAGCCACAGGGGGAGCCGGGGACCCUGGCUCACCACCUCCAGCCCGGGGUGAUACCCCCCCAAGUGAGGGCUCAGCACCUGGUUCCACCAGCCCAGAUUCACCUGGGGGAGCCAAAGGGGAGCCACCUCCACCAGUAGGGCCUGGUGAUAGUGUGGGGCUGCUGGGAACUGGAAGGGAAGGGACAGCGGGACGGGGAGGAAGCCGGGCUGGGUCCCAGCACUUGACCCCAGCUGCACUGCUGUACAGGGCUGCUGUUACUCGAAGUCAGAAACGUGGCAUAUCAUCAGAGGAAGAAGAAGGAGAGGUAGACAGUGAAGUGGAGCUGACACCAAGCCAGAGGUGGCCUCAGAGCCUGAACAUGCGCCAGUCAUUAUCUACCUUCAGCUCAGAGAAUCCAUCAGAUGGGGAGGAAGGCACAGCUAGUGAGCCAUCCCCCAGCGGCACACCUGAUGUUGGCAGUACCAACACAGAUGAGCGGCCAGAUGAGCGGUCUGAUGACAUGUGCUCCCAGGGAUCAGAAAUCCCACUGGACCAACCUGCUUCAGAGGUGGUUACUGGCCCUGAACCCAGCUCCUCAGCCAUCCAGCACCAGGACCUACUCACGAGGGAGCAAGGCCCUCCCAAUUUUGACGACUCAGACUGUGACAGCACUGAACUGGACAACAACAGUGGUGAAGCCUUGCAGCCCCCAGCCGCCCUCCCUCCAUGAAAGCCACUCUUAUUCCUGUACAUAGAAAUAUUUAUAUAAAUAAUAUAUAU